AUGACCAAUAUCAAUGAGCACAAUGUAUACUUCGGGCCAGAUGCCCUCAAAAAGUAUUUUGAUCCAGAUUGCCAGCCUCCCUUACCUCUUGUCGAGCUCCCAGUGCAUUUGAAUCCGUAUUAUCAUGAUGGUGUACGAAUUUAUGCCAAGAUGAUGACUAUGCAUCCAGCAAACAAUGUCAAAGCAAUGCCAGCGAUGAAUAUGCUCGAAUCGAGCGUGAUACCCGGCAAGACAGGUACUAUCAUCGAAUACAGCUCGGGGUCCACAGUGAUCUCGAUGUCUAUGAUCGCCAGGGUGAUGCAUGGAGUUCAAGACACGCGUGCAUUUCUCAGUAAUAAGACCAGCGAGGCCAAGCUAAGGCUGAUGCAGUUUUUCGGGCUCAACAUCACCCUUUUCGGCGGCCCAUCCCAGCCCGAGCCGUAUGACGAGCGCGGAGGUAUCCAGAGCGCCCGAAGGAUGGCAAUGGAUUCCGAUAGCAUCCUCAACCCAAACCAGUACGAGAAUGACAAUAACUGGAAAUCACACAUUCGCUGGACCGGACCCCAGAUCUACAAACAGCUCCCGGAGAUAAAUGUCCUCUGCGCGGGCAUGGGGACAUCCGGGACAAUGACCGGAUUGGGGACCUACUUUAAAGAAGCCAAGCCGUCGGUGCUUCGUCUGGGUGUGUGCACAGCCCCGGGAGAUCGGGUGCCUGGUCCACGAUCAUUCGCUUUGAUGAAACCCGUGGAGUUCCCCUGGAAAGCAGCCGUUGAUACCAUUGAGGAAGUCAAUUCAUCAGACUCGUUUUCAUUAUCGUUGGAUCUAUGCCGGGAAGGCAUUGUUUGUGGUCCUUCAUCUGGGUUCAACCUGCAAGGCCUCUUUCAAAUGUUGGAAAAUCGCAAGACAGCCGGUACUUUGUCUGAGCUUGCGGGACCUGAUGGCUCUAUCCAUUGUGUCUUUCUUUGCUGCGACCUGCCUUAUCAAUACAUUGGAGAGUACUUCCAAAAGUUGGGGUCUGACAAGUUCCACCCCAUUCAGAAUGCAGGACUUGCCAAAGUUGAUCUACAUCGUUACGACGAAAGCUGGGAGCGAAGCCCAGUAGUGCUUUUCACCCAUUUUUAUGAUACGCCCAAGGUUUUGACAGAAAGUCUCUUGAGUGACAUCAAACUCAGACCUCUGUGCUGCGUUCUAGACCUAAGAACAGCAGCGGAUUUUGCCUCAUGGCACCUUCCUGGGUCGGUCAAUAUUCCCUUGCAAAGCCUUGACUCUCACACCCCCAAGCCAUUCUCGGAGCCCAGUGUACUCGAGGCGCAGUGGCUGGAACUAGAGGCAAUGUUCAAGGAGCCGAGUGUGGUCGCCAAGCUUGAUGCCCACCAUGUGCUAGUGAUCUGUUACAAUGGAGACACGGCCCGAGUGGCCACCAGUGUCCUGCGAGCUAAAGGCAUUGAAGCGGACAGUCUUCGCGGAGGAUACCAAGCUCUGAAAGAUCACGGGUUAUGGGGUAAUAGCGGAGUUGAUUCGGUGGAGAAGAGUGUAUAUCCAACAACUACGGCAACCGAGUUGUCCGUGCUGACGAAUUAA